CGGCGGUGCCGGCGGCGGCGGCGGGCGCAGAGCGCAAGGGGAGGAGCGGGAGGAGGCGGAGGAUGUUCCCGGCGGCUGCGGCCGGGGCAGCGCGGGCCAGAGGCGCGGCGUGCGGAGCCCUCGGCUGCCCGGCGGAGUGCGGCGGCGGACUGGCGGGAAGGCGCGGGCUGUGCGCUGCGCCGGGUACUCUGAACCCAAGUCCAGAGCUUUGUUUCCUGCGCUGCCUUCGUGGUGACGGUCAGGGGGCGCCGGGUCGGCGAAGGGCGCGGGCCAGACGCCCCGGGGCCCGGGCGCGGGCCCGGACGCUACGCUCUGAAGGGAAGGCGCGGACAAAAAAAGACCAAAUGGCAAAGCAACCUUCUGAUGUAAGUUCUGAGUGUGACCGAGAAGGUAGACAAUUGCAGCCUGCGGAGAGGCCUCCCCAGCUCAGACCUGGGGCCCCUACCUCCCUACAGACAGAGCCACAAGGUAAUCCCGAAGGCAAUCACGGAGGUGAAGGGGACAGCUGCCCCCACGGCAGCCCUCAGGGCCCGCUGGCCCCACCGGCCAGCCCUGGCCCUUUUGCUACCAGAUCCCCGCUUUUCAUCUUUAUGAGAAGAUCCUCCCUGCUGUCUCGAUCCUCCAGUGGGUAUUUCUCUUUUGACACAGACAGGAGCCCAGCACCCAUGAGUUGUGACAAAUCAACACAAACCCCAAGUCCUCCUUGCCAGGCCUUCAACCACUAUCUCAGUGCAAUGGCUUCCAGGAGGCAGGCUGAACCUGCAGAUAUGCGCCCGGAGAUACGGAUCGCCCAAGAGUUGCGGCGAAUCGGAGACGAGUUUAACGCUUACUAUGCAAGGAGGUUAGAGAAAUAGAGGAAGUUGUCGUGUAGUUGUCAUGUAUUCAGUCCACUUAAGGGCAGUGGGGAAGCGUUUGAGACGGAGCUGUGGAGGCUGAAUCCUUGAAGGAGGAGGUGAGAGAGGCACAGGUGAGCGCAAAGUCCCAGUGCAUGUCCCCUCUUCUCUCCCGAUGCAGUGUCAUUCCCAGCUGACCCUGCCAGGCUGAACGGCUGGCCCCUCUAUUCAGUCGGAGUUUUACUACUACAGUGGAUUUUGGUAACUUCAUUUUGAAAUAAUUUCAGACUUACAAAAAUGUUGCAAGAAAGACACAAAGAACCACCCUUUUAUAUCUGCCCCAUUUGUUUUCAUGUUUUCCCACUUUGUACACGUGUACAGUUUAUUUCAGAAUAAACUACAGACAUGAUACUGCUUUUUCUACACUAAAAAUACUUCAGUAUGUAUUUCCCAAAAAUAAGAGUAAUCCCUUGUGUAACCACAGUGUAAUUAUCAAAAUUCACAAAUAGUUUUACAGAACUACUAUCUGAUCUGUGGACCUUAUUCAAAUGUUACCACUUGUCCCAACAGUGCCCUUCUCAGGAAAAAAAAAAAAAAAAAGAAAAAAUGUAUUUUCUGGCCCAAGAGCCAAUGUAGGAUCAUGCAUUGAAUUCAAGUGUCUUACCUCUGGCUCCAUUAAUUUGGAACCAUCCUCUGUCUUUGUCUUUUAUGACAUUUUUGAAGGAUCAGGGCAGUUGUAAUUUACAGACUCCCUGAAUUUGAUUUAUCUGAUAUUUCUGCAUGAUGAGACUCACAUUUUGCAUUUCUGACAGGAGCACUCCAGAGGUGAUGUGUCCUUAGUGUGGCACAGCAGGAGGCACAUGAUGUCCAUUUGUCCUGUUACUGAUGAGGUUCACUUUGAUCCAAGGUGGUGUCUUCCACUGUGAAGUUAGUACUUUUCCAUUUGUAAUAUGACAGAGCUUAUAAAGGACGAAGAGCUUUCCUUUCUCUCUCAUAUAAUUAUUUAGUAUACCAACUUGGAUUCAUGGAUUCCUGUUUUAUUCAAUGGGCUACAAUGCAUUACUCUCAAUGUUUAUUUUGAUGCUCAGAUUCUUAAAGAUUUGGCAGGAGGCACCAGUAGUGCAGGCACAGGGAGAACCAGUUGUGGGACAAAGCCCAGGGGCUGUGAAGGUCAUGGAGCUCUUAAAAGGCAUUUGUUGCUGAAUGAACUAUGGCCAGAGGGCCACUGACGCUCACAGCUCUUCCUAUGCAGGUCUGCUGUGCGGGGCGCUCUCUAAGACUCCAAGCUUUGAGACUCCUAGUGGAGAGUAGGGAGGCUGUUGGUAAAGGCUAGGUAGCACAGGGAUGUUAGUGGGCAUGGAGGGAAGAGAGGUUCUCUGAGAAGCUAAGUCUUUAUUUUGGAAUUUGUGAGAAAGUGAGCAGCUUGCCUUUACCUGAGUGGUGCAGUGUUUGUAUUUCUGCAGCCUGCACCUUCUCUUCCUCGUGAGUGUGUCAGCCCAAGACAGCCAGACUGUUCUUCAGUAGCUGUUGCCAGUUUCUUUCAUCACCCAAACUGUGUGAGUGCAUGUGCCGGUUCAUCUGCUGGACGCAGUGCCAGCAGGGAUAGAUUGCGAUCCUCUGUAGAUGUGGAACAGAGGUACUGAAAGGGUAGUGUCUACUUGGGUGGGAGUCUUGACCAUGGGCCGGGGCUGCGAUCCAAAGCCCUUAGAAUGUAAAAAUGCUUGCUCUUGGAAUAACUGGAGCCGUUCUGCCUCCCUCUUUCCCCUCCACCACCCGUAAUACUGAAGCUGGAGUUGUUUUCCUUCUGUGGCUUCUAGGUUCUUCGCAGUCAGGUUGUCCAGCUCAAGUCACUCCAUGUGCAGGAACACUGCUCUUGGCUAACUGUGACCUGGGCAUGUCCUGGUGGUGUGCUGCAGUGGACAGCAGCACAUGAAGCUGCUCUCCAGAUGAGGCCAGCAGUGAAUGAAAACCCUUUCACUGUUUGAUCACAAGAAACAGUGAUCUUUUGUUUACACUGCCUACUUCCUACUCUGUCCAGGGCAUGUGCAGACAUGAAUUGAUUGAAGUGCACAUAGACCAAAAUCUAGCCCUGAAUCAGACAAAGUAGAGUUGAGAAGGUGGCUUGCAGACUGAUUUUGAUGGAAAGAAUUUAAUGUGUCAUUACAUUAGCAUUUUCCUAUACUAUAUAUGAAUUUGAAAUACUUAUAUGCUCUCCUUCUUGAGAAGUGAAAUCCCCAGUGCUGUCUCAUUCUUGUUUUUAUAAAUGGUAGUCAUUCUUCUGUGAAUAAUGUACCAAGGCAAGGACUAAAGUUUAGCCUGCUUGUUGGUAAUUGCACAAACUGAACACAAACCCAAAUGUGUGGUCUCAGCGUACUUUGGAGGUCUUCAUUAAUUGAAUGUUGGAGUUUAGUAAAAGAAGUUGCUUUCUGUUACUGACUGUGAAAAGAAUCAUGGAAAUCUGCACAUCAGAUAUUAAGUUCAAAUUAGAUGUAACUCAUACAAUGAUAGGUUGCCCAACACUUCACUCACAUGAGUUUAUAGAAUGCCAGUUUUCAUAACAAAAGCAGUCAUGAGGAGCUUAGAUAAGCUUAGAUAAGCUCCUCGUGUACCUGCCGUUGAUCAGUGGCACAGUUUUCAGGUUCAGCAAGGGUUUUCCUUAGAGCUGGAGGAGGCAGCUCAGUGUUUGGGUUUAGGAGCCUUCCUUGCCUGUCUUAGACCACCCCAUUUCCAUCCCACAAGUACAAUGGCCAGAGAUGAUGAGCUCCUUGGUUCUUCCCUCAGACUUUUGGGAGCACAUGUGGCUGGGAUUGUGUGGACUAUGGAUUGCUGGUUUUCCAGACAAGCAUGUUCUGUUACUUGUUGAAGCCAGAGUGUGAUCUCGUAGGAAAACAUGAAGCGUGGGGACUUUGGGGUCAGACCUAGAACCCUGGCUCUACCCUUAACCUUUAGGAGGCCCAUUUCCUGGUCUAUCCCUUAGGCAUAUAGUGAAGAUUAAGUAAGAACAUUUAGAGAUGGAGCUAGAAAAUUUGUAUUAUCAUCUAUUAUCAUAAUUCUGUUUCCUCUCACUUUGAACUGUAAUUGAAACAUUUUUCAGUGGGUCUUUGGCGUUUAGAAAGGGAGAUGCCAGGAACUCUGUUCACCUGUCUUAUCUUUUAAAUACUCUGGAACUGCUUUUUAAACGAGUUGUGUGGUUGACCCUACUGCACAUGCUGUGUCUGGGUGUAGGCAAAUGUGAGAUGAGGCUGAGGCACUGGUGUGUGCUUAAAUGGCUGGGUGGGCAUUGGGCUAGAGGAGUUGUGCUUGUUUGCACCACGUGUGAGUGCUCAUCUGUUUGGCAGGUGCCUACACCUGCAGGGCUGCCUGGCUGCUCUGGAUCAAGGCCAUGAACACGUAACCAUGAGGAAGGAGAUGCAGGUGCCUGGAAGGGGACUUCAGGAGGUCUAACUGGGGUUUUGUUUUUUUUUUAAUCUCUUGAGGAGGAAAUGAAGAUGCACACAAACUAAGACUUGGCCCUGUUGCAGACGCUCAAAACUAAUAAGCUUCUCAUAUCAUCCUUCACUAGACUUCUACCACCUGAAACAAAGUGGAGAGGUUUUAGUUGUGGUUAAACUAUAUUACAUCUCACUUAGCUUUUUUCUGAGGCUGGAACAUUUUGAAACAGUGUGUUUCUUCUCUGAAUCUAAUAUUCCAACUACUGGUGCCUCACACAGAUGUCAGAACAAUCUGUGUCUUCUCUGUGGUUGGCCAUAGAACAGUGACAACUUCCGAAGUGGCAGGCAGGAGUCAUUCCCCACUUUAGCCAGCACCAGGUCUGGAGUCUGACAGGCUAGAGACCUACCAAGUGGAGGGCUGUGCUGCGCUGCCUGAAGAGCCUCAGUGCACAACCUCACCCCAACAUUCACUGGAGAAGAGAUUUGUCUCACAAGAAGCCUUAACUAUCGUAAUUUCUUUGAAAUAGUGUGUCAAAAAUAGGAUAAAAGUUUGGCUUAUGCAAAUGUAGUUUUUAUCUGACUUCUGAAGACCACAUUGUCACCAUAGCAAAUCAGCUGCAGCACCCAUAGCUUUGCAGCACUGGAGGAGAGUGCUCUACUGGUUUGGGGUGAAGGUACCAUGCAUCUGGGAGGGAACUUCCCAGUGCCCUUUCCCCAGCUGUGGUGGCAUCAAAGUGCAGUAGGCACAAGCUAUGCAAAUAUCCCUGUUGCCUUGGUGAUGAACAGAAAGUGGAUUUGGUGUUGGGCAGUAUUGUAGCAAUCUCCUCUGACACCUGAAAACAGCAUGCAUGUGGAACCAGCACUGAAAUACCAGCUCAGCUGCUGUUUGACUGUGGUGGUUGGUCUGAAAGUGGAGAGAGACCAGAUCUUCCUGAAGAGCUCCACAUGAUGCUGACUAUGUGCUGGGCCUUUUUCUCUCUGACCUCUGUGUCACUCGGUUGCCAGUUAAAAUGCUGUUUAGACUGCUGGGUUAUGAACGGGUAGUGGGGUGGUAGUUCUAACAGAACCAGGGGGGCGACUCCUAGUCCUCUGUCCCACCCUGCCACCUCAGUGUCCCUAAAGAUGCCGUGACAGCCCCUGGGUAUUCCCAGGCUCCUGGAUGUCCAUCCCAGGCCCUCUCUUCUGCAGCCUGUGGGGAUCAGACACCAACCAGAGAGAGACUGCUUCCUCAGUUGCCUGAGCCUGGAACAGAGAUUCCCUCUGUCCUUCCUGGUCUCACAGUCCAAAAUUCAGCCUCCUAUUAUAUAUUAUAUAUAAUAUAUAAUAAUAUAUAGUGUAUGUAUAAAUACUUAUAUAUAAAAAAUAACUUUCAGGACACCCUAUACAUUUAGUGUUGAAAUUCUGAAAGAAACAAGUUUUUGAGUAAGUUAAAUUCCUCUGCAUCUCAGAGUUGUAUAGGUAUACCUUGUUUUUGAAUGCCUCUUAGAAUUAGGAAUUGAGCUUGCUUUGAUAUGACGAUGAAAUUGUUUUUCCCUUGUUGCUUUGACUGCCAGGAAACUCUUAACUGUGGCUGUCUUACGGCACAUCUCACCCCUGGUUCCCAGGAUAACUCCUUGAUGUCAUGUCUGAUCUCAGCCUUUUUUUAAAUUGUGUUAUGCACAUUUGUGCUUUUUUAAUUUAAGUCCCCCCUUGAGCGAUGCUAUUUCUAGGUCAGUGAUAUACUUACUGAGUCCUUUGGCCCAGUGGGUGUCAACCCUGCCUUUGGAGUGUGGAUGAGUGGGCUGUAUUCUGAGCUGCAUUGUGGGAAUCAUUUAGUGAUUCUCAGUUCUCACUCCAGAACCUCUGUGACCUCAGCUUAGCCUGAAACAAGGCCCCCUUCAGGUCUGAGGAGCAACGGGCCCUUCCCAGCACAGGCACAGGCACAGGGACAGGGCAUGCAAAGAGGGAAGGUGCUGGCCUGAAAGCCCUCGUUUAACUUCUGUCCUGCUUCUGGCAUUCCAUCUUCAUGUGGACCAAGAGUACCCGUCCUGUCCUGCCACUGUCUUGCACCACCCUUUGAGUCACUUGCUUGACCAACUCUGUAGUCACUGGCUGCAAAACAGCAGGGAAUGCUCCCCUGGCACUCAGGGUUGUUGUGGGGACUGAAAAGCGUGGGCUAGGUUAUUUCAUUUGUGGUGGCCAUGGCAAUUCUUCCAUCCCCAAGCUUGGGCACACGAAGUCCAAAGGCCUGGAGUGUCCUACGCAGCUUUUCAAAGGAUUGACUCCUCUCACUGUUGGGGAGUGAAGCUGAAUCCAAAGCUGUGUUCUAUAGGUGUCUGGUGUUCAGCCUGACCAGUUCCCUGGAGCCAGGGCCUCUUUUCUUUUCCAAGCAUCUGCUUCCCUGGACUGAGCAAGAGAGUGUUGUUCUGUGAUUAUUUUGGCAUUAGAAUGUCAUUAAAUUCCCUGACACUUGAUUGGUCGUCUCAAGUGUAAAUUGAAGAUGCUCCUGCCCUGCACUCAAUGUUCCUCGCUGCAGUGGCAGUGCCAGCCCCUGGCAAGGCAGCAGGAACCCCACGCUAGGGCAUUCCUGUGGCUCAGCUCCUCCCCAGUUGCCACCCAGAUGAGCUUGUGCCAUCUGGUGUCAUGGGGACGUGUGAAGAGCUAUUUAGGAAUUCCCUGUCGAAUGCUCGACACCAUCUCAAAGGGCAUUGUUCAUGUCUUCAGAGAAAGACUGCCUAAGUCUAUGCUGAGGAAACUUGCAGAGACAGAAUCCUAUGCCUUUACACUUAGAGGGCACAGUCUAUGGAGGAGCAAUCCUGCAGCUUGGCAUGAUUUUUCCUUCUGGCUUAUGAUAAAUAUUUAUCCACUACUUAGAUUAUCUUUAUUGAACUGCUGGCCCCUUCUGCCUGUUGGCCUUGCUGCCUCUGCCCAGCUUCUGUCUCCACCUGCACUGCCCAUUCUCCUCUUGUCCUUUCAAGAAAUUCUCCUCUUCCUUUGGGGCUCGAUGUGGGGAUUUACCCUCGUGCCUUCCUGCCCUGGCUCCCCGACUUCCUCUCUGGCCAGGUUUUUUCUCCCUCUCAUCUUAUUUGCCUCUGUAUUGUCCUUACUUUAUUAUCUUGUUUACUAUUUUGUGCUGGCGACACAGCUAUUACCACCAGACCUAGUGGGUACACAGACACGUGCCUUGAAGUUGGGCCCCCACCUGAUGCCAGUCAGCAUCAAGGCCACUGGAGCCCCUUGCCCUGAGAGGAGCAGGGGCUGUCAGGAACUGGUUCCUGGCGGGACAUACAAGGUUGUGAAUGUUGAAGGAGUCAUCUUCUGGACACAUGGGAUGGCCACAAAAGGCAGUUACCUCCAGGUAACCCAGUCCUCAUAUAGCUCUUGAUUUAGACUAUGAAGAUUACAGUACCUAACUGGGUGGGGCCCUCCUCUUUGUGCACUUGUGAUUGUGUGUAUGUGUGUCUGGGUAGAGAAAGAGUGAGAGAGGAGAGAACUGUAAUGUAUGGUCACUUCAAUUGUAACUUACUAGCCAAUUUGGUCUUUAAAAAUAAUCUUCUUCACCCAAAUGAGUUACUAUAUCUUCCUAAAGUAUUUUUGCAAUUUAUACUAAAACAGAGUUAUCCAACCCUGUAAGAAGGAUUGUUUUCACUUAAAGGGUGACAGACUGAGAAUUAUGGAUAAGCAUCAGUGAAAGGGUGUAUUAGUCAGUCAGGGCUGCUGUGCAGAGUUCCAGAGACUGGGUGGCUCACACAACAGGAAUUUAUUUUUCUCAGUUCUGGAGGCUGGAAGUCUGUGAUCUUGGUGCAGACUUAGCCUCCAGACCUGUAGAUGCCGUCAUCCCGUGUCUUCACGUGGUCUACCCCAGUGGGUUUCUGUGUCCUGAUUGUCUAAGAACACCUUGGAUUAGAGCCCACCCCACAGUGACCUCAUUUUAACUUAAUCACCUUAUUGAUGACCCUGUCUCCACUUACAGUCACAGUCUGAGGUCCAGGGGGUUAGAACUGCAACAGAUGAAUUGAGGGGACACAGUUUACAGUUCAGCCCAUAAAGAGGAGGACACCCAGAAGUUUCAGGAGGGAGUGGAGCAUCUUCCCUGUUUGUAUUUAUUUUAAUAGUUUUUUUAAAAAACGCUUUUAAUCAGGAAAGACAGUGUGUCUUUUUUAUAUUACCCAGUUUAGGAGUGGCAGAACUUAAAUGCACUUGUGAUACACAGAUGUCGCUUCCACCUGAUUAAGAACCACUAUAGCAGACGCAGACUUAUUGGACUCUAGGCAGGAGGCCAGCUCUGCAGACACAGCAGCUCUCAGGAAGACAGUCCAGGCAUGGCUGCUGAUGCUCCUUUAUGGGUGUGUUUAUUGUCUUAGCCUACAUUAGAUGCGAGGGACCACUCAUACUGCAAGUGACAGCUCCUGGCUCAGUCAUACUUGCUUUUAACUGGCAGCUCCCCAACAAUACAGAGAUUGUCAUUUUUAGUCCUGACUUUCCAAUUCCAUUUUGGAUAUGCUACCCUGGCCAGAAGCCUCUGGGUGUGCCCUUACUUUGACCUUUCACCAGUGCAUUCCAUCUUAGGGGGCUUUCUCUAAUCGCUUCAAACUCCCUCCUGACCCCUUACACCACCCCAAAACCAAAGGCCCUGGUUUAGGAGCUGAAUUGUAGCAGCCGCUCCUCACGUAUCUAGAUCGCAGGGAGAUUUCACUGGAGCUGGCUGAAGCUGUUGGCGCUUUGAGCAGCAUUGAGCCGUCAGUCUUAGUUCUGCAUCUUCGCCCCACUGCAGCUUUUGGCCACUUGCCCCAGUUUAGUGUCACCAGGCCCUGACCAUAAGCCGCAGUAAUUUUUAUGGCUGCAGGUAUUAAGAGGGCAGCCAGUCUGCAGAGGUAGGGGCUGCCCAUCCUCCAGCUGUCUUUUGCAGUACGGGCAUACGCUUCAAGCCAACAGCAGCUCCAGCCGGCCGUGCCAGCUGUCAAAUGCUUUCUGGGCUGGCACAGCUCUUUGAAUCCGUGGUAAUGGCUUCCUCUGUUGAAUGUCGUCCAAAAGCAAUUGCUUGUCAACUUAAAAGCGUGUGCCAUGUUGUCAUGCCCGCCGUCUGAGAGGGCAGGCAUCCCCGCACCCUUGCAGACUGCGAUGCUUUAGCAUCUUCUCACGAGUCAGAGACUGGGUGUAACUUUUGCCGAAAUUUCCUGCAUUUUCCCCACCCUGUCCAGCAUGUCUUUGAACACCCCCAUAUCCUUUUACAUUUGAGAUGAAAGCGGAACUCUAAAAACUUGGAAAGAUUCUCUCGUGAGGUGACUUCUACUUAAGCUUGAUCACAGCCUCCUGCUGUCCUCCAAGAGUGGACAGAAGAUUUCUUCCCUUGGACGCUGCCAGUGCUGGAAUAUGAAACUUAGCAAGUGUCAGCAGUUGGAGUCUGCCCUUCACGUUGACACAGCCCCCUCAUUGGUGUCCUGUUGACUGUGGACACCCAGUCAGCCCCAUGUUCUGGCCACACCGAGCAUGGCAGUGACACCAGGUUGGCACAAAACUUCCCUGCCUGGAUUGAUUACUUAGCCCAUCAUAGCAUACACUUUCUUCAUUUUAGUAAGUUGUGGUUUUAUUUUGAAUAAGUUUCUUUCAACCUAUUAAUAUUAGUCUACACUAAAAUUAACCUUCCCCUAAAUUAUUCUCACACAGAGGCAGCAAAGUAAUUUUGAAAGUUAAAUCAAAACAAAGCAAUCUUGUGUGUAAAACAGAUAAAAAUCACAGACUGUGGUUACAGAGUGCCUCUACAGGAAUCGCUUACAUAAAGCUGAUUUCCUCCAAUCUUGUUAUGGAAGGAAAAGGGGAAAUGCCCUGGCCUUAUCACAAUCCCAUUCUGUCAAACAAGCGAGGCAGAGCUUGUGUAAACAGUGGAGCUGCAGCUGCAGCUGGUGUCUGUGGGGGCUGUUCGGGGUCUGAGGGGACAGUUGUCUCACCCUGAUUCAUGGCCGGUGGUUCCCGCGACGGUGUGUUGGAGGCAUCCCCCACUCAGUGAGAAGGGGGUUUGUGGAGAGACAGUCACGUAGCCCAGUCUCAUGUGGAUUCGUCAUUAAGAAAUGUGCAGGGCAGAUUUCAGACUUGAACGGCGAACCAGGUUGGUAGCUCAUGGCGUUGAGGUUGAUGUGUUGUGUUCCCGCCGCCUUUGGCAACUUUGAAUUUAUACCUUGCACUUACCCACAAGAUGGAUUAGAACCUGAAAGUGGGCGCUGUGGAAGAUCUGAGGACCCUGAAAGCAUUGAAUAAGCUGGUGAUUUCCUUUUGAACAGUUCCUCAGCUUGUAACAAACAUAGGCUGGUCACUGGCACAGAGGCUUUUUAUGUUCUGGAUUGCUCUUUCCUCCGCACACCGAGAGGGUAGGAGGAUGGGGGUUGACAGUGCCUGUGUCUGUGACCAUGGGCACCCCUCUGGGUCACAGUGUUUAUCGUAGCCAAGCAGCCAGAGGCACAAUGGUGCAUCACUGCACGACUUUGCUUAGCUUCUUAGGGCAGAUUACUCCAAAUCACUGGUUUCUCAAAUAAAUUACAGCUACCAGAAAUUCACCCGUGAGGGAAUCUGCAGCAUAUUUGAAUGUCAAUUAACUUGGGUGGUAAGAUAGUUGCUUUACAUCCUCUUUGAGUUUUUCAAACAUUCUUUUGGGUGCUUUUUUUUUUUUUUUUCUAUUUUAAGGAGUAAAUCAUUGGUAUGCCUGCCCUUUAUGUAGGGAUGUCUUCCCCUUUGCAGGGAUGUCUUCCCCUUUGCAGGGAAAUGAAAACAAGUUUUCUUCACAGUCUCAGGGAGGAAUCGUGCUUUGUGAUACAGUGCUCGUGAAGAGGUGCCUUUCAUAGUGUUUAAGCUGGGAUUGGUUGUUCACUUAAAUAUGGGCUCCCUCCCCUCCCCACUCCCAAAUCAGGGAGAAACUAAGAAGCUUUCCUUUUGUUG